AUGCUUAGCGGGAUCUUGCUCUUCAAUCAGAAGGGCGAGAACCUCAUUUUCCGGGCCUUUCGACCCGAUUGUCGGCCGCGGCUGGCAGACAUCUUCCGAAUACAAGUCAUCUCUAAUGCCCAAGUCCGCUCUCCCAUACUCACUCUUGGCUCGACGACGUUCAGUCAUGUCAAGCACGAGAAUAUCUAUGUCACCGCCGUGACCAAGAGCAACGCCAACGCCGCCAUUGUUUUCGAGUUCCUUUACCGCUUCAUCGCCUUAGGAAAGGGCUACUUCAAUAAAUUCGACGAGGAUGCUGUCAAGAACAACUUCGUGCUCAUUUACGAGUUACUAGAUGAAAUUCUCGACUUCGGCUACCCCCAGAACACCGAUGUCGAUGUUCUCAAAAUGUACAUCACUCCCGACAACCUCUCCUCCGCCAUCCGCUCGGUCUCGGCGCCUGCAACCGACACCUCUCGCAUCACCAUGCAAGCGACCGGCGCACAGUCCUGGCGGCGCGGUGACAUCAAGUACCGUAAAAACGAGGCUUUCGUCGACGUGAUCGAGGACGUCAACCUUCUCAUGUCCGCCACGGGCACCGUGCUCCGCGCGGACGUGACGGGCCAGAUCGUCAUGCGUGCCUACCUCACCGGCACGCCCGAGUGCAAAUUCGGCCUCAACGACCAAUUGCUCGUCGGCUCCGUAACGCAAGACGGCGUCGACGUCGGGCCCGUUGGCAACGCCGACGGCAGACGCAAAGCAACCCGGGCAGCCGCCGGCUCCGUCACCCUCGAGGACUGCCAGUUCCACCAGUGCGUGCAACUGACCAAGUUCGACACGGACCGCACCAUCUCCUUUGUGCCACCCGACGGCGAGUUCGAACUGAUGCGCUACCGGGCCACGGAGAACGUCAACCUGCCCUUCAAAGUGCACGCGAUCGUGCGCGAAGUCGGUACCACCAAAGUCGAGUACUCGAUCGCCGUCAAGGCCAACUACGGCUCCAAGCUCUUCGCCACCAACGUCGUGGUGCGCAUCCCCACGCCCCUCAACACCGCCAAGAUCACCGAGCGCACCACCCAAGGCAAAGCCAAGUACGAGCCGGAAAGCAACUGCAUCGUGUGGAAGAUUGCCCGCUUUGUGGGCGGCAGCGAAUUCGUGCUCAGCGCCGAGGCGCAGCUGACCACCAUGACCCACCAGAAGGCCUGGAGUCGGCCGCCGCUGAGCAUGACGUUUAGCCUGCUCAUGUUCACGAGCAGCGGCCUGUUGGUGCGGUACUUGAAAGUGUUUGAAAAGGGCAACUAUAGCAGUGUCAAGUGGGUGCGGUACAUGACAAGGGCAGGCAGUUAUGAGAUCCGGUUCUAA